GGCUCCGCCCCCAAGGCGGAAGUGGAAUCUGGGCCGCACCUCCAGGCCAGUGGGAGGGUUUUGGGCUCACAGCUCUACUGUUGAUCUGCUCGGAGUCCUUCGGUGCAUGGACCGCACGUGUGAGGAGAGGCCCGCCGAGGAUGGGAGCGACGAGGAGAACCCCGACUCCACGGAAACCCCGGUCCGCAUCCGAGACACCCCGGAAGACAUCAUGCUGGAAGCACCGGCCAGCGGGCUGGCGUUCCAUCCGGCCCGCGACCUCCUGGCGGCGGGGGACGUGGACGGGGACGUGUUCGUCUUUUCCUACUCUUGCCAAGAGGGAGAAACGAAGGAGCUCUGGUCCUCAGGUCACCACCUCAAAUCCUGCCGAGCCGUGGCCUUCUCUGAAGAUGGACAGAAACUUGUCACUGUCUCCAAGGACAAAGCCAUCCAUGUUCUAGAUGUGGAGCAAGGCCGACUGGAAAGACGCAUUUCCAAGGCUCAUGGUGCCCCCAUCAACAGUCUGCUGCUGGUAGAUGAGAAUGUCCUGGCCACUGGGGAUGACACGGGUGGCAUCCGGCUCUGGGACCAGCGGAAGGAAGGCCCCUUAAUGGAUAUGCGGCAGCAUGAGGAGUAUAUCGCUGACAUGGCUCUGGACCCAGCCAAGAAGCUGCUGCUUACAGCCAGCGGGGAUGGCUGCCUGGGUGUCUUCAACAUCAGGCGACGCCGGUUUGAACUGCUCUCAGAGCCUCAGUCUGGAGACCUGACCUCUGUCACUCUCAUGAAAUAUGGGAAGAAGGUGGCCUGUGGCUCCAGUGAAGGCACCAUCUACCUCUUCAACUGGAAUGGCUUUGGGGCCACAAGUGAUCGGUUUGCCCUAAGAGCUGAGUCUAUUGACUGCAUGGUUCCAGUCACUGAGAGCCUGCUGUGCACUGGUUCCACCGAUGGAGUCGUCAGGGCUGUCAGUAUCCUGCCGAACCGUGUGGUGGGCAGCGUGGGCCAGCAUGCCGGGGAGCCUGUGGAGAAGCUGGCCCUCUCCCACUGCGGCCACUUCCUGGCCAGCAGUGGCCACGACCAGCGCCUCAAGUUCUGGAACAUGGCCCAGCUGCGGGCUGUGGUAGUAGAUGACUACCGCCGGCGCAAGAAAAAGGGAGGGCCGCUGCGGGCGCUGAGCAGCAAGGCUUGGAGCACAGCCGACUUCUUCGCAGGACUGAGGGAAGAGGGAGAAGACUGCACAGCUCAGGCGGAGGACAGUGAGGAGGACAGUGACUGAGGGUAUGAGCCGAGGCUCAAGAUAGGUCCCUCCUGGGCUCGUCUUGCUUCCUGGGCCGGAUACCCAGAGAGG